AUGCCGGCGACAUAUCGCAGGGAGAGAUCAUUUCUGCCAGUUCCCACCACUCGGCACCACCGUGCAAUUUCAGCCUCUAUUUCUCCUCUUGACUUGACGGAGGCUAACAUCAAGCAGGUUUUAGACGAUGCCCGAGUUGAGUUAGCACAGCUCUUUGAUACUUCAGUGGGCAUAACAGGAAAAGUAGAACUUGCUGAUCUUGAUGGACCCUAUAUGAAGAUCAGAAUUGGAGGCAAAAUUUGGCAUAAACGUUCUACUGUGUUAUCCAGGCUUGGCAAUUACUUGAAGCAGAGGAUCUCUGCAAUCUUGGAGGUAGAUAUAGAAGAUGAAAAGCAGUUGGAUGAUAGCCCUGAAAACUUUUGA